AUGACCAGCCCGGCGAAGCGGCGGAAGAAGAACGAUGGCUCGAGCCAGCCCAUCCGCAACUUGGAUUACUUCUUCGCCAAGCAGAAGCAGGACGCGGCGAAAGUAGUAGAUGCAGGGAUUGUGAAGAAGACGGAUGCGAAGGAGAUCUCCAAUACAGUGCAGAAUCCGUCUGCCUUGACGGACGAAGAGCUUGCUCAGAAGCUGCAAGCUGAAUGGAACCAGGAGGAUCAGAUAAUGGACCCAGAGCCUCCAACCUCCAGUGACCUCUAUGCGGAUCCCGAGAAACUAACCAUGAAUGGCGGUAUAGAGCCUGAGGCCAAUGGAACUCACGAGCCAGAGCCUGCAAAUCCUCCCUCCGAACCUCCCAAAUCCGCGACUCCGAAGCAGAAGAAUACCCUUUCCCUCCAGUCGACCGCCGCGGAAGAAGACACCAUCUCUGCGAACAUACCCUUCGACCAAAGCCCGCUCGAAUUCGACCCGUCGCAAUACAUACCAGACUUGCAGAAGUAUUGGGCAUCGGAUGGGGGGCAUGCGACGUAUGCGCUGCUGACGCGAUGCUUCGUGUUGGUCAAUAGCACGACGAGCCGGAUCAAGAUCGUUGAUACGCUCGUCAACCUGCUGCGGACCAUCAUCGAAGGCCAUCCUGAGAGCCUGCUUCCAGCGGUCUGGCUCGCGACGAACGCCAUUUCGCCGCCCUACAUCGAUCUCGAGUUAGGACUAGGUGGAUCUGCGAUUUCGAAGGCGCUGAAGAAGGUCUGUGGACUGGACAAUGCAGGACUGAAGACAUUAUACAACAAGUAUGGGGACCCGGGGGAUGUGGCAUUCGAGGCAAAAAAGAGGCAAUCGUUCACGCUGCGGAAGCCUAAGCCGCUCACGAUCAAGAGCGUGUUCGACUCGCUAGUCAAGAUCGCGAACAGCAAAGGACAGGGAAGCGUGGAGGCAAAACAGAGAAUAGUGGAGAGGCUUUUACAGGACGCGCGAGGUGCGGAGGAGAGUCGGUAUAUUGUCAGGACGCUCGUGCAGCAUCUGCGCAUCGGGGCUGUCAAGACCACCAUGCUCAUCGCUCUAUCGCGCGCCUUCUUGCUGUCGAAACCGCCCACUGCCGAGUUCGAAACGCGAGAUCUAAAGUCGCUGGCUAAACUGAAGAAGGAAGAGCUCGCAGAGAUCUACUCAAAGAAUGAAGAGAUUGUCAAAGCCUGCUUCGCUCGACGACCAAACUACAACGACCUCAUUCCCAGCCUCCUCGAAAUUGGCGUUUGCGACGAACUGCUGGUACGAUGCGGGCUGGCGCUCCAUAUCCCACUUCGACCUAUGCUCGGAAGCAUAACGCGCGACUUAGGCGAAAUGCUCACGAAGCUGCAAGGGCGAGACUUUAGCUGCGAAUUCAAAUACGAUGGACAGAGAGCACAAGUGCACUGUGAUGCGAAAGGCAAAGUCACAAUAUUCUCCAGACAUCUGGAAGUUAUGACGGACAAAUACCCGGACCUUGUUGCGUUGGUGCCCAAGAUACGUGGAGAAGGAGUGUCGAGCUUCAUACUUGAGGGGGAAGUUGUGGCCAUCGACCGCGAAACGGGUGAGCUCAAGACGUUCCAGACUCUUGCAAAUCGCGCAAGAAAGGACGUGGCGAUUGGCACUGUCACCAUCGACGUUUGUCUCUUCGCAUUCGAUCUGAUGUACUUGAAUGGAGAGGAAUUGCUGGACCGACCCUUCAGGGAGAGAAGAAACCUACUAAGAAGCCUCUUCCUGGAGAUACCGCACCAUUUUACCUGGGUCAAGAGUCUAGACGCAACCUCCGCCGACGUCGAAGCAGUACAAGCCUUCUUCAAGAGUGCUACUGAUAUAAAAUGCGAAGGCAUAAUGGUCAAAGUCCUCGACAACCUCCCAAAUCCCGACCUCCAAGCCGACCUCUACAACCCCGAAGACGAGCGACCACCGCAGCCUACGACACCAAAGAAGAAGUCCAAAUCGACCAAAUCUAAAGCCAAACCCACCACCACCGAAAACGGCUCCGGCGACCAGCCCAAACCCUCCACCCGCCGCAAACCCCUCCUCUCCACCUACGAGCCCGACAAACGUCUCGACUCCUGGCUCAAAGUAAAAAAAGACUACCACGCCUCCUCCUCCACCCUCGAUCUAAUCCCCAUCGCCGGGUUCCACGGCCAGGGCCGCAAAGCCGCCUGGUGGUCCCCGAUCCUGCUCGCCAUCCGCAACGAAUCCACCGGCCAACUCGAAGCCCUCACAAAAUGCAUGAGCGGCUUCACCGACGCUUUCUACAAAGCCAACCGUGCAAAAUACGACAAAGACGACCCCGAGAAUACGAAUGUGCUGGCUGAGAAACCGCACUAUAUCGAGUACGGCGGCGGGGGAGGGUGGCCAGAUGUCUGGUUUGAGCCGCAGGAGGUCUGGGAGGUGGUGUUUGCGGAUUUGACGCUGAGUCCGACGUAUACGGCGGCGGUGGGGCUGGUGAGCGAGGAGAGGGGCUUGAGUACAAGGUUCCCUAGGUUUCUUAGGGUUAGAGAAGAUAAAGGCAUCGAUGAGGCGACGGAGGCGGAAGAGUUGGCUGCCAUGUAUCGGAAGCAGGAGGCAAGGGCGCCGAAGGAGGAAAGGGCCGUGGAGGAGAUGGAGGAUGUGGAGUAG